CCAGCGGCUGGCUCUCGACAACGGCCGUGCGUCCUCCUGACCAUCGGCCGUGUUGUCGUCCUGCUCCGCCAGGCCCAAGAAGGCCCAAGAGGGCUUGUGCCGAGCCCCGCUGCGGCCGCGUGGCCCCCAUGUGCCUGUUCAUGGCCGCAAACAAAGGCCAGGCCCACCCGCGACGCUCCUCGGAUACAGCCCGGAUCACAUAUGUACCCCUUGGCUCGCCAUCGCCAGCUCUUCUCCCCGUCGCCCCGUUGCUCCUCCGUCUCUCUCCUGCUCUGAAACCCCGUCGUUUGCCCAAAUGGCCCACCAGCAAAGUCUCCACGCCACGUCGCUCUCCAACCCCAGCCAGUUCUGGGCCGAGCAAGCCAACAGCGUCACUUGGUUCAAGCGCCCGACCUCGAUCCUCAAGGUCGAUCGGGAUCUGCCAGCCCCUCACUAUACCUGGUUUGCCGACGGCGAGCUCAACACUUGCUUCAACGCACUGGAUCGCCAUGUCCUCAACGGAAGGGGCUCUCGAACGGCGCUGGUCUACGACUCGCCCGUGACCAACAGCAAGCUGCAGUUCACCUACGCCCAGCUGCUGGAGCAUGUCCAGGUGCUCGCCGGCGUGCUCUCCCAGCACGGCGUCAAGAAGGGCGAUACCGUCCUCAUUUAUAUGCCCAUGGUUCCGGAAGCGGCCAUGGCCAUGCUUGCCUGUGCCCGACUCGGCGCCGUCCACAGCGUCGUUUUCGGUGGCUUUGCUGCGAAGGAGCUGGCCAAGCGCAUCGACGACUGCAAUCCCAGCGUCGUUCUGUUCGCUUCGUGUGGCAUCGAGCCGUCUCGUGUGAUUCCGUACAAGCCCUUGCUCGACGAGGCUCUGAGCCUCAGCAAGCAUGUCGUGCCGAUCAGGAUCUGCUUGCAGCGCCCCCAGUGUCGUGUCCGACUCGAUGCCAACCGAGGCGAGUACGACUGGGAGGACGAAGUCAAGCGCUCCAGACGAGCCAAUUUGAAGCCCGAGUGCGUUGUUGUCAAGUCUGGAGAUCCUCUCUAUCUCCUCUACACCUCGGGCAGCACCGGCGUUCCCAAGGGCGUGGUCCGCGAUAACGGCGGUUAUGCAGUGGCUCUGAUUUGGUCCAUGAACAACAUCUUUGGCGUGGGCCCGGGAGAGACCAUGUUCACCUCUAGCGAUAUCGGAUGGGUUCUUGGCCACAGCUUCAUUGUCUACGGCCCACUUCUCAAUGGAUGCACCACGGUCAUGUACGAGGGCAAGCCCGUGGGCACACCGGAUGCCGGGGCGUACUGGAGGAUCAUUCAGGACUACCGAGUCAAGGUCCUGUUCACUGCCCCAACGGCGGCUCGCGCCAUCAAGCGAGAGGAUCCUCACGGCGAGCUGACGCGCACAUACAACACCUCAAGCUUGAGAAACAUGUAUCUUGCUGGCGAACGCAGUGAUCCCGAUACGCUCCAGCAUUUCCAAGCGUUGCUCAAGGUGCCCAUUCGCGACAACUACUGGCAAACCGAAACAGGCUGGCCUAUCACCGUUGCCUGCGCCUUCCACGACCCAUCCAAGAGCACCCCCACUCAGCUGGGCAGCGCGGGGCCGCCUACUCCCGGAUACGACGUCAAGGUUCUGAUCUCUACCAGCGGCAAGCACAAGCAUGAGGUGGACCAUGACGACAGCCACAACCACGUUGAGUGGCAGGAGGCCACCGAGCCUGAUGUCAUGGGCACUCUCGCCCUCAAACUCCCUCUGCCUCCUGGCUGCUUCCCCACACUGUGGAAGAACCAUUCGGGUUAUCUCAAAAGCUACUUUUCCAAGUUCCCGGGCUACUUUGACCUGACGGACGCUGGAUACCUCAGCUCCAAUGGCUACCUCAACAUCAUGUCGCGCACCGACGACAUCAUCAACACGGCCGGACACCGAUUGUCGACUGGCUCAAUGGAAGAAGUGGUGGCUGCCCACCACGAUGUGGCCGAGUGCGCUGUCAUCGGUGGCCAAGACAAGCUCAAGGGCGAGAUCCCGAUCGGCUUUGUGGUCCUGAAGCACGGAACGGUGCACUCGAACAAUGAAAUCAUCAACCAGCUCGUUGCAGCCAUUCGCAAACAGAUCGGGCCAUUUGCCUGCUUCGAUCGUGUCUUCAUUGUCCAUCGCCUCCCAAAGACUCGCUCGGGUAAGAUCCUGCGACGCAUCCUCCGCGCCAUCUACAACGGAUCCCCAUAUGAUGUCCCCGCUACCAUCGACGACGAAUCUGUCUUGCAAGAAAUCAAGGACGCUGUCCGUCAGCCCAAAGGCUCUGUGCUCUCGGCCAAGUUGUAACUGUGCUCGCGCGUGAUUGCGCCCGCUGAUUUCAGUGGAGUCUCAAGAUCAGGCGAUUGUCCAUCGCAAUUCAGACAGUUCCUUGGCCGUUUGACCUUGCUUCUGCAUCAUCCAAAUACAGCUCCGGCGAUAAACAGAGAGGACAUUUCGCUUGGUUCAGAACACAAUAGUUUGUUACCCAAUACCAUCGCGCUGUCCAUGAC